AUGGCCAAGGUCAAUGGCUCUUAUAUAUUGGCUGAGGCCGUCGCCGACGAUGUCGCCGGCGCCGGCGAUGAUGUCGUCGUUGUCGUUGUCGCCGGCGCCGGGCGUGAAGCUGGUUGCCGUGGUAUUGAGCAAGAUCACAGAACGGGCGACCGCAACCAAGCACAACCAACGAAAAUGGGCGAAACAAAGACAAUUGAGUCCUAA